AACAUAAGCGAAAAUGAGUGAGUUUUAGUCUAAUGAACGUUUUUCCCAAUUAAAAAUACCGUAAUGAAAGACCACAAGACACUAAUUGAUGUUAUUCCAAAGAUAACAGUUUGAAAUGAUCUUUUAUGAGGUGUAAAUGCCUGAUUUUCCCASUUAUAUUUCGUGGUUUAGACAGCGCGAGUACUCUAAACCUCCGCCUCGUGGUUUCUAAAUAUACCGCACUAGUUCAUAAGUGCGUUAUCUUGCUGAUCUGGUGAAGGCUCAAAUUAUAUUGUGUUCCUUUCGAAAAUGAAUCUCGUUGAAUAUGAUUGAUAUCGUCAAUUCGAGCUUGACAACAGGUGCCGCUUGAUAAUGAAAUACUCGUCGAGCAAGCCAUCUCCCCGUGCCAAUCAUUGCCUUGUGUUUAUGAAUGGWGGUCUGCAUCGGAUGAAAGUCACCCCUGUUUACUCUAUUUUCUCAAGAAAACUGCACCUCUAAUGGUCAAUAUCAAUUAAGACGUCAAAAUGUUUGAGUUAACCCAYGAGUGGCUGCCGUUGACAAAAUGCAAAUUCUUCGUUGCAUAAUCAUUCGCCAGCAGCGAAUCGAUGCAAAUCAUUUUAUAAAGUAUAGUGAGUGGAAGAGUCUACGUGUUCCGGAAAUUGCUGUUAGCGUAAACGGCGAUGACGAAAAUGAAAGAACUAUCUGAUCAUUGUUUUGCUCUGACAGCAACACUUGGAAGCGGAAAAUGUCCUUGUCGGCUUCGUUAGAGAGCUGUUUUACUAAUAUGGCUGUGCUAUGGUUUAUGUUGAUCUUACAAUUCCUGGUCGUUUCUUGCCAUCACAUUGAAAAUCCYWCUCUGGAAGAUCGUAAAUUUGUCAAACCUGGUAAUGUCACCAUUUCGGGGAUAUUUCCGAUCCAUGUUCGUGGCUGCGGGCAAGAAAAAUUUCGCCCACAGUACCUUGCUUUGUCACAGGCCAUGGUUUUUGCCAUUGGACGCAUUAACAACGAUGCUAAACUACUGUCAGACCUAUCACUGGGCUACGAGAUCUAUGAUUACUGUCUAGAUGAUAGACGAGCUAUGGAAACGGCUUUAGAGAUCACUAACAGACAAAAACUAGCUUUAUUGUACAGCAAAUACUCGAAUUCAGAGGUCUGCUUUUCUAAAAAUGCUGGCCUUGGACAAGUUCCGGUAAUGAUUGGUUCCGGGACAUCAGGGAAUUCGAUUCUUGUUGCUAAUUUGCUUCAAGUKGAGGAYAUACCKUUGAUCAGUUACGCAGCGACUAGCGAUGAAUUAAGCAAGACAUCUUAUCCCACUUUUCUUCGUACAGUUCCACCCGAUCGCUUUCAAUCUCAAGCCAUGGCUGACAUAGCCGAGUACUUCAACUGGACCUACGUCGCUGCCAUAGCUGCUAAUGAUGCAUAUGGAAGGUCUGGSAUCGACUACUUUAAAAAACAAAUCAGCAACAAAGGAACCUGCCUUGCUAUGGAGCGMUAUUUUAUAGACGGGACGAAGGAAAGUAAAUCUGAAAUAUCAAGAAUUAUCAAAGAGCUGAAAGACUUAAGCAACGUUGAAGUUGUUGUUCUUUAUUGUACAAAAAAGCAAGCUAGAAUACUCCUACAGGAAGCAAGAAAUCAGAACCUUCCAAAGAAGACAUGGAUUGCAAGCGAGGGAUGGGGUGAAAGUUCSGAGGUACUGACAUCUGAAAUAAUCCCUGUUAUAAAAGGACUUAUAGGCGUUGUAUACCGUAAUGUUGAAGUGRACGAUUUUGUGGAAUAUCUCAUGAACUUAACGUCUGCUUAUAGRCCUGUCCAUUGGUGGGAGAACUUCUGGGAAUCGCAGUUUGGUUGUGUUUUUAASUUGAAUUYUUCUAAGCCUGAUAAACUCUGUAGUGACAACCUACGUAUAACCAAGGCGAUGUAUAGAUCGAGCAUGCACACUAGUAUGUCUGCCUAUGUCGUUAAUGCGGUAUACGCCAUUGCGCAUGCUCUAGACGCUAUGAAAAAUUGCAAGGAACCACAUGGCUUACUGACUGGCGGUAAAUGCCCUAAAUUCACCAMCACUGUUAACCCAAAAGACUUGCUAACGUACCUGAAGGCUGUGAACUUCACAAGUCCUGUGUCACGUGUKAACUUUGAUGCGAAUGGCGAUCCCAACGGAUCYUACAGYAUUGUCAACCUACAGAUUCGCAAUGGAUCUUGGGYGUUUCGUCGCAUUGGAUCRUGGGARUCAUCGGCGUCACCACAUCUGAAUAUAGAUGAUGAUGUCAUUAURUGGAAUGGUGACACCAAAGGUCGACUACCAAAGUCUGUCUGCCAGGAAAUUUGUAGUCCAGGCUACUGGCAAACACCACGCGUUGGCUGYUGCUGGCAGUGUAUUGAGUGUCCAUUGGACGAGAUAUCGCUGACGUAUGGUGCAAAUAACUGCAGCAAAUGCCCAMGUGACUUYAUCUCAGAUGCGAAUCAUACACRAUGCAGGAGGGUCCCUAUAGUUCAUAUUACUUAUCAUGACUUAUUUGGGGUUAUAUUCAUGACAAUUAGUAGCCUUGGUUUGAUAGGAACCGGCUUCAUUACYGCUGUCUUCAUUCGUAAUAAUAACAGUCCGAUCGUCAAGGCCUCUAAUCGCGAACUAUGCUACAUGUUAUUGUUCUGUAUUGCCAUGUGUUAUCUAGCUCCGUUCAUCUACCUCUCCAAACCCUCCCACAAUGGUUGCAUCUURGUACAAGUAUGGUUUUACGURUUCUACACUACCUGUAUAGCAAUCCUAGGCGCAAAGACUAAUAAAAUUGUACUACUAUUUGAGCAAAGRGUGCCAAGAUCAAGGUACACCUCGCGAUUCUUCAUGUACCGACAUGUGUUCAUUGUAGUGAGUGCCAUGUUGUUAGAGCUAGUUGUUAUCAUCGUCUGGGCGUUUUUGGACCCACCACAGCCUCACAUCAACCGAGCGUCCCGUGAAGAAUACAUCUACACUUGYAAACCGAGCAUGCAUACAACGGGACGAGUUUGUCAGUACCUUCUUAUGUCAAUUCUUAUAAUUGUUUCCGUCAUAUGUUGUUACUUUGCCUAUAAGGCAAGAACGCUGCCUGAUAACUUUAACGAAGGAAAAUUCAUCGCUUUUUCCAUGUAYAUAUUGAGUAUUUCGUGGCUGACUUUCUACCCAGUUUUCCUCAAUAUCCAAGACGUCUAUACUGUUGUUGUCCUAAGUGUCACAACUUUUAUUUCUGCGUCUGGUCUCUUAGUUUGUAUGUUCUGGCCAAAAGUCUACAUAAUUAUCUGGCAUCCGCAUAAAAAUACGAAACAUUACAUGCAGGAACAAAUAAGCCAGCAUGCAUUUCGACAUAAUACGAUAAAAAACCGCAGUAGGUCAAACAGUCAUGUCCUGCCUCAUCCGCCGCUGACCAUGAUCGCCGCCCUGGAUAGGCUACGUCUUGUUUUGCCAACUCUACACGGUACAGCGCAGAGCACUGCACAGAAUAGCCCCCACAGCACUGCACAGAAUAGCCCCCACAGCACUGCACAGAAUAGCCCCCACAGCACCGUCCAGAGUAGCCCAAGAGGAUCGGUUGAUUCUUCAGGUGGAAUUAAAAGACUAGAUGGUAAUAUGAAAAGGCAAGAAACCCCUCGUACAUCCGUGAACACAAAGCCUCGUACAUCCGUGAACACAAAGUUAUAGGUCUAAUGUGAAAACAUUUUAUUUGAAAUGGAGUGCACAGUAGGUGGUAAAGCCCCACGUGCAUCCAAAAAAAUGAUUAUCUAUUAUUUUGAACUAAUCAGAAAGCAGAUUUCAACCAUUUUUGAGACAAAUCUAAUGAUUGCAAAGCCUCCCGGGUACAAAUGAAUCUUUGAGGAUAAAUGUAACUUGAUUCUACGAACAUCAAAGAUGAAAUUUGUAAUUCAGAGUGGAAGAUGAAUUAGCAAUGAAACGUACUCUUGAA